GAUCUCGCGAGAUGACGUCAUGAACAACACGUCGAAGGGACUCACAGAUCUUUAGCAGAGGAAUUCAAACAUGGCAGAGGAGAAACCCCAGAUAUCAAAUGGUAAUACUGACGACACAUUUGAAAGAGAUUUAGAAGAAAUGUUGGAAGAUGGCCCAAAUGUGAAUGAGGCCAGUUCGACUGUUCUUGGUGGCACACCUAACAGAAUGACAUCUUCCUAUCCUGGAUCUGGCAGUUCGUAUGGUUCUCAUUACAACCAUGACAUGAACGAGUCUCAUCUUUCUCGUUCCUACACCAUGCCCCCCGCUACCAGCAAUGUUCCACUGUCUUCAAACAGUCACAGCAAUGGUGAUUUUGUACCGAAAAGUACCAUCACUCAAACAGCAAGUUCUAAAUUCGAAACAAUAAGAGAAUGGAGUAUGAACACUUAUAAAUGUACGCGACAAUUUUUAUCGGAAAGACUGGGUAAAGGUUCUAAAACCAUUGAUCUGGAAAUGGAAUCACAGAUUGAAGCUUUGCGUGACACUCAACGCAAGUAUUCCAGAAUUCUUCAGUUGGCAAGAGCCAUGACAAAUCAUUUUUACCAUGUGGUUCAAACUCAACGCACCAUGGGUGACACGUUUUCUGAUUUGGCCCAGAAAUCACCAGAAUUACAAGAAGAAUUCACUACAAAUGCAGAAUCUCAACGUGCCCUUGUGAAAAAUGGAGAAACGUUAUUAGGUGCUUUGAACUUUUUUACGUCAUCAGUGAAUACAUUAUGUAACAAAACAAUGGAGGAUACAUUAUUAACAGUUCGACAGUACGAGGUAGCAAGAUUAGAAUAUGAUGCAUACAGAACUGAUGUAGAUUUCCUGUCACAAUCACAGAAAGAUUCAUCCUCUGUGGCUAAACUAGAUGAAUGCAGAAGGAAAUUUGAUGAACAUAAACUAAAGUUUGAAAGAUUACGAGGAGAUGUGAAUAUUAAAUUGAAAUUUUUAGAAGAGAAUAAGGUUAAGGUGAUGCACAAACAACUUCUACUAUUCCACAAUGCAAUCUCAGCUUACUUUAGUGGUAACGAGGCGGCACUAGACUCGACAUUAAAACAGUUUAACAUUAGUUUGAAGAGACCCAAUGCUGAGAAACCAUCAUGGAUUGAACAAUAGUUUAAUCUUGUUUGUACAUUUAUAUAGACUUAAUCACACCAUUCUUGUUAAUAUUACGUCUUAUUGUCAUCAUUUAAUAAUUCUAGAAAUAUAUUUAAAGCAAAAUAUAAAAAAAAUUUGGUUCUCAGAUACUGUAAUGAAAGCAAAUAGGAUUCUUCAUUUUAUGAACACACAAACACUGUAUAAAUAUCAAAACAAUCAGAUGCUAAUUAUCUCUGUACAUGCAACACUUUAGAAUAAAUAAUUGUGCGGUAAUCUUGUGCAUUACAGAGUUAUUGUCCUUUACUAGGUGUAAAACAGAAAUUUUGUGUAAGUAAAACCACGUCCACACAUCUCAUUAAAUUAUGUACAGAUUUUAUACUCAGUUUGAAAGUUACUAAAUGUAUAAGGUUCUUUCAUACUCACCAUUCCAUAUUUUGGGGUCAAAAAAUGAUGCUUUUAUUCAGAAACAUGAAGCUAUAAUGUAAAUUAACUGGACCUGUUAAAUAUUAAUGGAUUUUGUAAUAAUACUGACUUCAAUAGAAAUGUAUUCUAUGGGUGAAUUUUAUGAGAUUUGUUUUUUUAUGCAAUCUGGUUAAACAUGAAUGUUUUAUGUAGUAUUAGAACAAUGUACAGCUUUACUGUAUUUGUUUGUUCUUUGUUAUUAAUUAUAAACAUUAGUGAUUUUAUACAAAUUCUUAGCGAUAUUCUAUGUUUAACAAUACCUUGAGGGUGGGAAUGUGGUGUUGAAGAUCAGAAACCUUUAAAAAGCGGUGUUCAGUUUGUGGAAACACCUUCCAGGAAUUAUAUAUAAUGGGUGGGUGGACAGGAUGUCUUAAUACCUUGUACUGUAUAGAUAAUCAGGCCAGUUAUAUCUGCUAGUCAUGGUCGGUUUGCUCCCGGGUUUCUAUGUUACGGGUCACCUGUCCAUCCUCAUAGGGUUUCUCCGGGUAAUCAAGUUUCCUCUCACAUCAUGCCAUUUGUCAUGUUAGUGGACAUAAAACCUCAUUCCUCCCUGUGUGUACUGUUCUACAUGUAUUAAUAAAACAAAUGUGAUUAAUUCCAAAAUGUAAAUGAACCUCAAUUCUUAACAUGCCAAUUAUUAUUAAUCUGUCACCCAGACACAUUCAAAGAACAGAACCUUUUUGAUUUAGGUCGAAAUAAACAACUGAAUUUCGUUCAAUCUGUAAGUUAUUUUAAUUAGAAAUGAGUCAAACUUUUUAUGAUUUGAUAUCAAUAUUUUUUGUCUCACCCGAAUGACUAGCAGUGUUUUAACUUUAUCAUGCUAAUACAGCAAUAGAUAUGUUGUAUUACAGAUAGAAAAUAUUCAUUAUACAACCUACCUUGUGAUAAUGUAUUCAUCAAUUAAUGCUUAUCAAAGAAUAUAUUAGUACCAGUAGCUGCUUUCCAUAAGUAUGUGUUAUAUUUAAUUUUAAAGUUGAAAGAUACCCAUCUCUCAAAACAAAUCGGCACAUAAGAUUAAAUUAAACUGACUUUCAAUUUUACCCAAAUCAAAGAGGUUAUGUCUUUAUACAUGCAAGAUAUAUAUUAUGUGAAAAAGCAUUGAUUUUUAUUGUGUAUGGUUGUAUAUACUUUUUCAUCAUUGUCUUAUGUUUAUAUAAUAGUCAAAUAUAUUGUUUCAUUUAAUGAGGGAAUUCCAUGCAAUAAGAGGGUUAAUGAUUAAUUAAAGGGACAACAUGCCAAGACUAAAAGUCUGAUAGAAGACCCCAAUACCACAGUCGAUCAGUUUGAAUAAUUUUUGGACCAGUGUGUUUUUAUUUUUAAUAAAGACAAUUUUGAUGUGGAGGGUCUACAACUCAUAACCUUUAUCCUGGCAUGAUGGCGCUUUUAAUCAUUUAAGAAGCACACAAUUAUAAUUAACCAUUUGUAUAUAAAUGUAUUAUGUUUCACCUAUUAACUUUAAAUAUAUAAACAGAAAUUGUGAUCUCUUUAAGUAAGCUUAUAUUAAUAAUAGUCUGCUCUUUAGAUUAUAGAACACUUCUUGCACUUCUAUUUGGACCCCUUUCAUAUAUUAUGAUUAUCUGCAAAUUUAAUCGAUCUUCCACAUUUCUCAAAUUGAACACUCUAAUUCUGAAAUGAGUUGGAUUCAAAAGAUCGUGUCUCUGUUCGGUAAGUGAUACAUUAUGGGCAUUAUUCUAGAAUAUUGCAAGUACCAAAGUUUAUUCUGUUAGGAUUUCUAAAUUAAUAUGCAUAUUCAUUAAUUAGUAUGAUAAAGUCUGAUUAAUGACACAAAUAUAAUUCUGGUUUGCAGUGACUCAUUGCCAUAUAAGAAAACAAAUCAUUUGGCAUCAGUGUCUCUGGGGUAAAAGAUGUAUUUGCAAGAAUUUAUGUAUGUAGAAUAAUGUAUUUAUACACAUAAACCACAAACAAGUUUAAUAUAUGCAACCAUCAGUAUGGUGAAAUAUAACUAAAGGCCAUUGGCAUAGGUUACUCGCAUCAAUUAAAUCUAUCUCUAAGUUGGUUUUUGUCCGUAUUCAAGUUUUCUGGACGUUAGAAGGAUAAUCUACAUAUAGGUAUAUAUAAUCAGAUGUUGUGACAAUGAGCUUUGGAGGGAGGAGGCUUUUUAUAUUGCAUGAACUGUUUUCUGAAUUUUUACGUGCUCAUUAUUGUAUUGCUUAUUGAAAACUUACAAAAGUUGAUACAUUGCAUCUAGGGUAAAUAACUGUUACUGUUCAAUAUUAUUAGUCUCUUAAUUUUAUUAAUGAAUUGAUUAUUAUUAGUAUUAUACUAUAUAAAAUCUCAGUAUUAAAUAUGUAUGCUUGUUUCAACAUCUCUAGUCUGUAUAUAUAAUAGAUGUUGAUAAUUUAUAGUAAAUCUUAAAGUAAACGACUACAUUUUAAUGUGGAUUAAAACCAGGAAAAGUUAAAUAUUGUCUGAAAUUGCAAACAAUUAGCCGUUUUAAUAGAAAUAAUAGGCUUAUGGUGUAAACCAUCUAAAACAUCAUUCAUAACUUUAAAAUCUGUCGAACCAAAGUCUGUAGUACUGAUAAGAAAAGCCAAAAGAUCUGAAACCUUGCCCUAUGCCCCAUUAACAUAUUUGCUUUAUAGGAUUAGCAAUCAAAAAAUCUCAAAUACUGGUACAUGUAAAUUCAAAUCAAUUAACUAAUUUUUAUCAUUGAUUAAUUAAAUUGAUCACUCAUUGCUUUGUACAUUGCUUUGAAUUAGCAUAAUCAUUAAAAUUGGUGGAUUAAUACAUACUUAGCAUCUAUUUUAUUAUUACCAUUUUAAAUUUAAAUAUGUAUGUUCAUUUAGAUUACAAUGUAAAGUGAAUUUUGGUUGUUACGUAAUGUCUAAUUUAAUUUCAUAAACUACAUUACAGAUCUUAUUUGGAAAUAUUAUUCCAAAAACUAAAAAAAAAGAUUACCUUGUAUUUCAAACCCAUUCAUUUUGGGUGGUUUUAUGCAAGGGUGAAUAUUAUUUGUCUAAGGUAUAGAUUUAGGCUACACACAAACUGUAAUUUAAACAAACUAUUUUUAUGUGAAAAUUUUAAACAAUUGUAUUUUCUGUCCAUAUUAUACUGCUUUUAGUUACCAAUUCAAUUCUAUAUCUUGAUUUAGUUUGGAUUAUAUGUGAAAAAUCUUGUGGUUAUAAAAAUGGCAUGGAGAGGAUUUUACGCUUUUGGUACUUGCUGUUUGAAGUUGUUAUAUCUGCUGGGCAGGCAUUAAAAAAAAACAGAGCAGAAAUGACAUUGAUCUGAUGAAUUCUGCAAUUACACACACUUUAAGCUUUUUAUAAUCAGUUAUCAAGCAAAUAAUUAGCUAAACUAAAUAUAGAUUAAUGUAAUUGCCUUGGUUAUUUAAAGUAGUUGUCUAUGUUAGUGAUUUAAAACUUUUUAUUUAUAAUAAUUAUCUCUCUACGUAUAUUAAUUUGUUUAUCUGUUGAUUAUUUCUCUAUGUUUUAUUUAUUUCUGAUUCUGUAACUUAUAACUUGCUAUUAAUAUUAAAAGUAGUUAUAUGAUCA